AGUUGACAGUGUUCCCUUUCUUCAGAUGGGGGAUGUAAAUAUACAAUCUGGCAACUCAGCCCCGGAGCCGCACCGUUGUAGCGAUGAGCCAGUGGUUAGCUGAGUGUCGGAUUAGCUAAUGUUCGACGCUACAUUUUAUCGAGUUUGCUGGAUGUCUUAUGAAUAGGUUCUGAUGUGGGUGGUUCUGUUUGUAGGUUUUCCUUGAAUCCCAGGUUGGAGAACACCUCUUGUCAAACUGUAUGUGUGUAAGCCUCCGGUCCACAACAUGUCCAAAAGCAAGAGCUCCGAGUCAGUGAAAGUAGUGGUCCGUUGUCGUCCUAUGAAUGAGAAGGAACGGGCAGCCGCAUUUGAGUGUGUGGUGUCUGUUGAUGUCAAAUUUGGACAAAUUAUUGUUAGGAACCCUAGAGAAGCUUCUGCUGGUGAACUCCCCAAAGUUUUCACAUUUGAUUCGGUGUAUGACUGGAACUCAAAGCAAAUAGAUCUAUACGAUGAAACCUUUAGGCCACUUGUGGAUUCAGUUCUUCAAGGAUUUAACGGAACCAUCUUUGCAUAUGGACAAACAGGCACAGGGAAAACAUACACCAUGGAGGGUGUAAAGAAUGACGCAGAGAGGAGAGGCGUUAUCCCCAACUCUUUUGACCACAUCUUCACUCAUAUUUCAAGGUCUCAGAAUCAGCAGUACCUGGUCCGAGCGUCUUAUUUAGAAAUUUAUCAGGAGGAGAUCAGAGAUUUACUCUCUAAGGACCAAUUGCGUCGUCUUGAGCUGAGAGAGAGGCCGGACACUGGUGUUUACGUUAAGGACCUGUCAUCAUUUGUCACCAAGAGUGUGCGGGAAAUUGAAAAUGUUAUGAAUGUGGGCAAUCAGAAUCGUUCAGUGGGCGCCACCAACAUGAAUGAACACAGCUCUCGCUCUCAUGCUAUCUUUGUAAUCACUGUGGAAUGCAGCGAACUCGGGGUGGAUGGCGAGAACCAUAUCCGAGUUGGCAAACUCAAUCUGGUGGAUCUAGCUGGCAGUGAAAGGCAAACCAAGACGGGAGCUCAGGGCGAGAGACUGAAAGAAGCGACUAAAAUCAAUCUGUCACUUUCUGCAUUGGGGAAUGUCAUAUCCGCUCUGGUGGAUGGCAGGAGCAGUCAUAUCCCUUACAGAGAUUCGAAACUGACACGCCUUUUACAGGACUCUCUUGGGGGCAAUGCCCGCACUGUCAUGGUGGCCAACAUUGGCCCGGCAUCUUACAAUGUCGAAGAGACUUUAACGACGCUGCGAUACUCCAACAGAGCGAAGAACAUAAAAAAUAAGCCUCGCGUGAAUGAGGACCCCAAGGAUGCUCUACUCAGGAAGUUUCAGGAGGAGAUUGCCAAGCUGAAGGCGCAGCUGGAGAAGCGUACAGGAAAGAAAAAUAAAAGGAGGCAAAGGAGGAGGGCCGGGGAUUGUAGCAAUGGGGAUGGUUGGGAUGAUGGGAGCGAGGAUGAUGAAGACGGCGACAACAGAGUUGAUUAUUGGAGGGAGCAGCAAGAGAAGCUAGAGAGAGAGAGGAGAGCUAUCAUGGAGGACCACAGCCUGGUGGCUGAUGAGAAAGCUCAACUCCUUCAGGAGAAGGAGAGGAAAAUGGAAGACCUGAAGAAGGAGCAGGAGGCUGGAGAAAUGUUGGCAGCCAAAGUUAAGGCAAUGGAGAGUAAACUUCUAGUUGGGGGGAAGAACAUUGUGGAUCAUACCAACGAGCAGCAGAAGAUGCUGGAGCAGAAAAGGCAUGAAAUUGCUGAACAGAAAAGGAGAGAGCGAGAGAUGCAACAGCAAAUGGAGUGUCGUGAUGAAGAGACCCUGGAGCUGAAGGAGACCUACAGUUCUCUACAACAGGAAGUAGACAUUAAAACCAAGAAAUUGAAAAAGUUGUUUGCCAAACUGCAGGCAGUGAAGGCUGAAAUUCAUGACAUCCAGGAAGCGCACAUCAAUGAGCGCCAGGAGCUGGAACAGACCCAGAAUGAGCUCACCAGAGACCUUAAGCUAAAGCAUCUCAUUAUUGAGAAUUUCAUUCCUUCGGAAGAGAAGAGCAAAAUAGUCAACAGGGCUUAUUUCGACGAGGAGGAUGAAUAUUGGAAAAUGAGGCCCAUCACACACAUAGAGGAUGAUCAUCAAAUGAUGAGCAGGCCUCAGUCUGCCAUCGGAUUCAGAAGGCCUCUCAGCAACCAUGCUCGCACGGCCAUGAAAGAUAGUCCUGACAUGAGAUACAAAGCUGAGAACAUCCUGCUUCUUGGUAUGGAAAUGCCGUCUCGGACCACCAAAGACUAUCAGCGGCCGGUUAUCGCCCCAAAGGUAGCAGCAGCUCUGGAGGAUGCACUAAAGAAUGAGGAUGAUCUUCAAGUAGAUGCGUCAGGAUUUAAUGGCAGCUUUGCACCUCUAGACAGUGCCAGCGGCAGCCUCAGGAAACCAAAGUCUGGGCGACCAAGAACAAGCAAGCAAUCAAACACUUGGACGUCUUCAUUCAGUGCUCACAAUCCAGCAACCCCUAUGUACCCACAAUCCCGCGGGCUGGUGCCCAAGUGAAAGCUGCAAUCUGCCAACAACAUCGUCCCUGUGCACCUUCCCAAGCUGGAGUUCUACUCUGAGAGAACAGCUUUUAUUUUGCCCAAGACUUCACAAGAUCUGCAAAAGGCAAAAUAAAUUGUAAGGCUUAAUGCUGCUUUGUAGAAAUACAAUGAAUUAUUUUAAUUCGCACUAUUUGCUACUGUCAGGUGCUUUCUUAAGAGUAUACUUCAGGCACCUUUAUCACGACUCAUGUCACUUAGCACUCAUUCUUUUGAAUUUGGCUGACAUUAUGUUAUAUAAUAAAGAUACAUAUAUAUAUAUAUAUAUAUAUAUAUAUAUACACACACACACCAUAUUGUAUGUUACAAUGUUCUUAAUGCGUACAGAACAUACACCAAUCAGGUAUAAGAGCUAAAAGCCCGACCUACCUAAAUAAUGUACAGGUUUUGGCACCAAAACCACUCUAAUGUGGAGCCCUGUCCACAACAUUACAAAGAUCAUUGAAUUAGAUUGAGAUGGAGGGCAUGGAGGCAAAAACACCCACAAAGUUAAUCAUGCUAAAAGCGGCCAUGGAGGUGUGUACUUUGUCUGCAACAUCGUUUGCAUGUCAAAGUAACGAGCAUACAUUCAAAUAUGGACCAAAGGUUUCCCAGUUGCACCUAUAGCUGUUGAUAGGAUGGCCUCCCCCAAGCUGUGAUGCACUUUCUGUCACCUUUGUACUACAAGCAACCAACAUUUUCAGGAACGUGUGGGAUCCAUCAACACAGCAUAGCCUUAACUUCCUGCACACAUUAGUGAGGCUUAGCGCUCAUCACUAGUUGUCCUACCUCAGACUACUUUCAGUAGGUACCAGCCACGGCUGACCUACACUUUUAGUAGAUGUUCUCACCCAGUUGUCCAGCAGGCAAAUCAUCAUUUCUUUGUUAUUUUGUUUAUUUUUUUUUCAUAACUGCAACUUAAGAGGAUAUAAUUCAUUUGCUGUGUAUUGUCUUGCGCACUGACAGGUGCAAUUGUAAUAAGAUGAUAAAAGUUAUUUACUUUAUCUGUGGUUAUAACAACAUGGCUGCUCAGUGUACAUUCACUUUAUAUAUGUUUAAAUACUAACAUUACCAUGCAAUCCAGCUAAAUGGCCUGCAAUGUUAAGCUUCCAAUGACAAACAACACAUAAACCAAGAACGCUACACAUAUUAUUAAAUUUCUAUUCUGCGCAGUGUAGUUGAGUUCUUUAAAAACGACAUUUCAGAAGCAAUAAAUUGAAACUGCUGAUUCCCGUGUUAUGUUAAGCUUUUCCCGCUCUAAUAUUCCUCCAGACAUUCCAACAGAGCUGGAUACAUGGCUCUGUAAUUGAGAGAUUGUAAUGUAGUUGUUAUGUAAACAUGGAAGAUGUAACAAUAUCGAGGUUAGCUUGCUGCAAGCCUUUGCUUGUGUCACUUUACUAAUAUUGCAUAAUUUUGAUUUUGGUAUAAGCGAAAAUGUAUUUUGUAUGCUGGCAAUGAAAACAUAAAUGAAUGUCAUAAAAUAAAACAGUGAGUUUGUCUUCAUCAC